AUGGACUAUUCAAGUGAUGGUAAAUAUUUCAUUCACUCAGAUGAUACAAGAAAAAUUGUACUUCGAGAUGCUAAAACUAAUGAAGUUAUUUAUUCUAGAUGGGUUCCUCAUAAUUCAAAAGUCUUAAAAAUUAAAUUUAAUAAAGAUAAUACAAUGAUUGCUACAGCAGGAGCAGAUUCAUAUUCAUAUGUCUUGAAUGUUGAAACAAAAGCAAUCACAACAUUAGGAAGACUUCAUCCACUUGGUGUCAAUGAUGUAUUCAUUGAUGAAGAUGGAAAGAUCUUUACUUGUGGAGCUGAUUGUACAAUCAAAGUCUCUUCUCUCUAA